AUGGACGCUAUUGCGUUGGUGCAAAAUUUUGGGAAACCUGAUAUAUUUUUGACAAUGACAUGUAAUCCAUCUUGGCCAGAAAUAGAAAAACAUUUAUUGGUAACAGAUGAGGUACAAAAUAGGCCCGAUUUAGUUAGUCGUGUGUUUAGAGCAAAGGUAGAAGAGAUGAAAACAGAUAUUCUAAAGAGUAAUAUAUUUGGAAAAGUUGUUGCUUUUAUGUACACUAUUGAAUUUCAAAAGCGUGGUCUUCCACAUGCUCAUUUUCUUAUCAUACUCAAAGACGAAUAUAAAUUGUUAACUCCGGAAGCUUAUGAUAGAGUUGUUUGUGCUGAAAUACCCGAUUCUGAUAAGAAUGAUUACCUGUUUUCAGUUGUUACUAAACAUAUGAUGCACGGACCUUGUGGUAGUUUAAAUCCUAAAUGUCCUUGUAUGAAGAACCGAGAAUACUGUAAGUUCAAAUAUCCAAAAGAUUUUGCUGAUCAUACAUCAAAAGGAAAAAAUGGAUACCCAAUUUACAAAAGGCGAAAUAACGGUAAACGUGUAAAUAUUAGAGGACAAUUUCUUGACAAUUCGUGGGUGGUUCCUUACAAUCCAUAUCUACUGAGCAAAUUUAACUGUCAUAUUAAUGUUGAAGUUUGUUCUGAUAUUAAAGUUGUCAAAUACCUUUAUAAAUAUAUCUGCAAGGGACAUGAUAAAAUUGCCUUUUUCGUACAUGCUGAUGAUCCAAAUAUUGAAAUAGAUGAAAUCAAAGAGUAUCAAUCUGCUAGAUGGGUAUCUCCACCAGAGGCAACUUGGCGUUUAUUUGGUUUUCCCAUUAGCGAAAUGACUCCAUCUGUUUAUCAUCUUCAGCUACAUCUUGAAGGACAACAAUUUGUCUCUUUUAAAGCCACACAGACCAUAAAUGCAAUUAUAAAUAAUCCCAUGAUUAGAAAAACAAUGUUGACGGAAUUCUUUUUGAUGAACAGAGAAAAUAAAGAUGCCAAGAAACUAAAUUUACUCUAUAAAGAAUUUCCAGAAUAUUUUGUAUGGUCCAAACAAUAUAAAAUGUGGACACGUCGACAACAGGGCACUGUUAUUGGACGUAUUGUGACAUCUCAUCCAACAGAGGGGGAAAGAUAUUAUCUUAGAUUAUUAUUAAUGAAUAUUAGAGGACCAAAAUCAUACCAACAUUUGCUAACUGUUAAUGGAAUAUGUUGUAGUACAUUUAGAGAAGCCGCAGAAAAACAAGGAUUAUUACAAUGUGAUAAUAACUUGGUUGACUGUAUGUCAGAAGCUGUAAGAUAUCAAAUGCCUUAUAGUCUAAGACGUUUAUUUGCUACACUUUUGGUAUAUUGUAAUCCUGCUAACCCAAAAGAACUUUGGAACCGAUUUGAAGAUUCUAUGUCUGAAGACUUCAAGAUUUUGCCACAUUUGAAUGAGAAACAAAUUCGCCGUAUGGCUUUAGAUCAUAUUAACAACAUUUUGCAUUCAAUGGGUCGUGAUAUAAAUGAAUUUGCACUUGUACCAGAAAGAAUUGUAGCUUCAUCUGCUGCUAGGGAGGCUCAAGAUUCUCAUUUUGAAAGAAAUAUAAUUGUUAGAGAAGAAGAUUUAUUACUAGAAACAAAAUUGAACAAUGAACAGCGAAAAGCAUAUGAUGUAAUCCUUGAUAGAAUAUUUACGAAUAAAUCUGGAGCUUUUUUUAUCGAUGGUCCCGGAGGAACAGGCAAAACUUUUUUGUAUCGUGCAUUAUUGGCUGCUGUACGAUCAAAAGGAUUCGUAGCUUUAGCAACAGCAACCUCUGGUGUUGCAGCUUCGAUUCUUCCCGGAGGACGGACUGCUCACUCCCGUUUUAAAUUUCCUAUUAAUAUUGAUGAACAAUUCUUCUGUAAUAUUAGUAAGCAGAGUUCGCUUGCAUCAUUGAUACGAGAUGCCAAACUAAUUGUGUGGGAUGAAGUAUCAAUGGCCAAAAAACAAUUGAUAGAAGCUUUAGAUUUACUACUGAAAGAUCUAAUGGAUACAAAGACACUCUUUGGUGGAAAAGUUGUCGUUUUUGGCGGUGAUUUCAGACAAACUCUUCCAGUUGUUCGGAGCGGAAAAAAAGAGGAUUUCAUACGAGAAAGUUUAUUGCAUUCUGAAAUCUGGAACCAAUUUGUAAAAUUGCGAUUAUCAGUAAAUAUGCGAGCAAGAACAGAUCCUGCUUUUUGCGAAUAUUUGAUGCGAAUAGGGAGCGGAAAAGAAAAAACAAAUUGCCAAGAUAAACAACAAGGUUUAGGUGGACUCAUUUGGUCAUUUUUGUGCAAUAUUGGUAACAUCGUCUUCUGCCAACUACACUUUCAAUCUGUCAAGAUCACCACUUUUCUGAUAGCAAUAGCAGAACGGAGAAUUGAAAUUGAAGAGCUUCAGUAUACGUUGCAGCUGAAAAUGACUAUGGAAUCCUUAACAAAUACUAACUCACCAUCAGGAACAUUUAGCUCGUUAAUUUUCCGUAACUCUGUCCCGAAUUUUGUUUUCCCGGUGCUGUACCAGGAUUUUGCACCCAAUAACGCAGUUCAUUAG